AAAAAACUAUUUUAUGUAAUCAAGCGUUCUUAUCAGAUGCCAGAACUGCUUUUAGGUGUCACUCCAAUGAGCGACGAAGGACCGGUCGACUUAGAUAUUGGAAGAAUUGUGGGUAAACGAUGGCAAAUCUUGGAGAAACUCGGUGAAGGUGGUUGCGGUGCAGUGUUUAAAGUUCAAGAUAUACAAACAUAUGCUAAAGCAGCACUUAAAGCAGAAUCGAAUUUUGUUGCUGGUGGAAGUGUUCUGAAAUUAGAAGUACAGAUAUUACGACGACUAGAAGGACGGCCGUAUAUUGCACAAUUGCUUCAAGCUGCAAAGAAGUCGACCUACUCAUAUAUGGUGAUGACAUUAUUUGGUCAUUCACUGAACUGUCUUCUGCGGAAGUGUGGACAAUGUAGUACAUCAACACAGGUCAGAGUUGGUAUCAAUAUGUUGUACGGUAUAAAACAAUUACAUGAGGUUGGAUUCAUACAUCGCGACGUGAAGCCGGCCAAUUUAGCAGUUGGAAGACGAGGAAAAGAAGCACGAAUAAUUCACAUUCUAGAUUUUGGCUUAUCUCGAGAAUAUAUCAUAAGCGUUGGUGGAGUGGUGAAACUCCGAGAACCAAGACCCAGAGUUCUUUUUCGAGGAACAGUUCGGUACUGCUCGGUGAACGCACAUGCACGAUGUGAACAAGGACGACCCGAUGAUCUAUGGUCAAUGAUUUACGUGCUCGUUGAGUUGAGAGGCCCACUGCCGUGGUGUAGAGUCAAAAAGAAACACAAAGUUGGAAAAAUAAAGAACGAAAUAUCCGAUGAAGAAUUAUUCCAAAACUGUCCAAAAGAACUCGUUGAAAUAGCUGAGCACUUGAGAACAUUGGAUUAUUUCAAAAGACCCGAUUAUUUACUCAUCUACAAUAAAUUUGCAAGCGUCAUGUCACAAUAUCACUACAGGUAUUCACCUUCUGCUAAACAUAAUAUUAGUUUAGCGAUCCAUUUGACUGGGAAGAGACAGUCACCACAACAACUACUACAAAUGCUACUACGAACACCACCAGUAUUCCCAGUAUUCCAGAUAAAGCACACGUGGCUCGGUCGAAAGAAUCGUAAGCUUUAUGGUCAGCUUUGA